AUGCUUUCGUCUUCUUCUUCUUCGUCUACGACGGAGCAAGUGUCACUCAGCGGGAUCAACACCGUCACUUCCGAUGUCUUACAGUCUCAAAUCUUCACUCGCCUCGACGGCGUGUCUCUCGCAGCCCUGAGCUGCACUUGCUCCGACCUACACUCCUGCUGCUCCGAAGAAUCACUAUGGAAAGAAAAAUGUUCCGCCACGUGGCCUUCUACAUCGGACACACGUGUCCAGAGCAUCAUCUCAACGUUCCCCGCCGGUCACCGCUCGUUUUUCUCCGAUUCCUCGCCGUUUCUCUCGCACGUCGGUGAAAUCGAUCUCUCACCGUCCGUCGAUACGACGGAGUUAAUAUCAGCCGUCGAUAUUCGCUACAAAGAUGAAGUGGUUUUCUCGAGGGUUCAAGUGACAGAGACAAUCUCCGGUUGGUUCCUCUGCUCGCCUUUUCGGUUUGAUCUCAUCGAACCGAAAGAAUUGAUUUCGACCGGAGUUUCGUUGACUAACCAAUGGGAACACGACAUGUGGAGAAACGACUUGGAGGAAAAUCUUUCUCUGAGCUGGAUAGUGAUUGACCCGACCCGUAAACGCGCGGCGGAUGUAUCAACCGGGAAACCCGUCUCGGUGCACCGUCACUGGUUGACCGGGGAAGUCCACCUAAAAUUCUCCACUAUUGUCGUCGUCGGCGACAAGAAACGGUCGGAGGAAGUGGAGUUCACGGUUACAGUGGUGCUGGCAGCGUUUAGCCGGAGUGAAGAGGAGACGGCGGCGAUGCAGAUUAGGGAGGUGAGUCUUGUGGCGGAGGACAUGGAGGGGAUAAAUCUUGGAGGGAAAGGUAGUUUAGUAAUUUUGACAGCGGCGAUGGGAGAGAAGCGUCGGCGGAGGGCGGGAAGGGAAGAAGAAGGGGAGGAGAAAUACAGAGAAUUCAUGGACAAGAAGACGGCGAAGGAAGAGAUGAAGUUGCGGCGGAAGAAAGAAACGGUUAUGGAGACGGCGGCGUGUUUUGUCGCCGUCGUGUUACUCGGCUUCCUUUUGUGUGUUUAUUUGCUUAUACAUAAAAAUAUGGUCGCCAUUAUGAAAAAACUAACAAAAUAG